UGUGAGUUUUUCCGAUUUUCCGAUUUCCCCCGAGUGGCACUGGCAGUGUGCGUGUGCGUUGGAUCUUGGGGUCGCUUUCUGGGCUAAGCAACUUGGUCAGCAUCAGUGUUCUCGGGGUUUCGACAGCGUAUAGUGUGUUUGAAACGCUAAGUGCUUUUUUCCAGUUUUCUUCCCUUGUAAGUCAAAAACAAAAACACAAACACCAUGGACGCCAUCAAGAAGAAGAUGCAAGCGAUGAAGCUUGAGAAGGAUAACGCCAUCGACAAGGCCGACACCUGCGAGAACCAAGCCAAGGAUGCCAACUCCCGCGCCGACAAACUGAACGAGGAGGUGCGCGAUCUGGAGAAGAAGUUCGUCCAGGUGGAGAUCGAUCUGGUCACCGCCAAGGAGCAGCUGGAGAAGGCCAACACCGAGCUGGAGGAGAAGGAGAAGCUCCUGACCGCCACCGAGUCCGAGGUGGCCACCCAGAACCGCAAGGUGCAACAGAUUGAGGAGGAUCUGGAGAAGUCCGAGGAGCGCUCGACCACCGCCCAACAGAAGCUGCUGGAGGCCACCCAGUCGGCCGAUGAGAACAACCGCAUGUGCAAGGUGCUGGAGAACCGUUCCCAGCAGGAUGAGGAGCGCAUGGACCAGCUGACCAACCAGCUGAAGGAGGCCCGCAUGCUGGCUGAGGAUGCCGAUACCAAGUCCGACGAGGUCUCCCGCAAGCUGGCCUUCGUUGAAGACGAGCUGGAGGUGGCUGAGGAUCGUGUCCGCUCCGGCGAGUCCAAGAUCAUGGAGCUGGAGGAGGAGCUCAAGGUUGUCGGCAACUCCCUGAAGUCCCUGGAGGUGUCCGAGGAGAAGGCCAACCAGCGCGUGGAGGAGUUCAAGCGCGAGAUGAAGACCCUGUCCAUCAAGUUGAAGGAGGCCGAGCAGCGCGCCGAGCACGCCGAGAAGCAAGUGAAGCGCCUGCAGAAGGAGGUCGACAGGCUAGAGGACGAGUUGGGCAUCAACAAGGACAGGUACAAGUCCCUGGCCGACGAGAUGGACUCCACAUUCGCCGAGUUGGCUGGCUACUAAGUUGGCCAGCAGUCCCAUAUGUAUACCAAAUCCACACCAACAUCGAGCGGCAGCAGCGGAGGAAGAUGCAGAGGAAGAUGAAGAUGGAGGAUGGAGAUGGAGGAGGAGAUGGAGAUGGAGACGACGAUGGAGACUCUACGACUAAUUGUAAACGAACAUCUCAGAUUGAUUUGGCCAGCACGAAGAUCGGCGGCCGCAGAUACCAAGAACAACAUCCAUUGUGUAUGCAAUUCUUUAUAAAUCUAUAUAUUUCAUAAUAAAUAAAUAACAACAACAACCAGAUCAACAACAGCAACAAAAACAACAAGCAUAGAUUGAGUAGCACCGCGGAUUUGUUUUAUAAAAAGUAAAAUUACCUAGAGUAAAAAAUAGUAGCAGAAUGUAUAAAGCCCCCCAAAACAAGAAAAAGAACACGAAUUUUGUAUUUUUAAAGUCAAUGUUUAAAAAUAUUAAGAAGCGCUUGCAGCCAGGCAAUGAGAGCGAGAGAGAUAGAGAGAGUGCCCAGGACAGAGACGGGGCUAAAUUUAAAAUUUUAAGAACGAAGCCUGCUUCACUUUCAGUUUAUAUCUUACAAUUACACCCCACAAA